UCCCCUCCCAUCGCCUCAACAACAGCCGCCGCUGCCGGCUUCCGCGGAGAUGGCGACGACGGUCGCCGACCUCACGGAGGAAGCCCUCGACGCCAUCCUCCGCUGCCUCACCCCCGCCGACCUCAUCCGCGCGGCGCUCGCCUGCCACCGCUGGCGACGGGCCGCCUCCCGCGCCCUCCCGCGCGCGCCGCCCCUCCUCGGCUACUUCUUCCACCCGCAGGGCCCCGCCAAGCCGCCCCCCGAGCCGACGUCGGACAAGACCCACCACCCCGCCGUCUUCGUCCCGCUCGACGCCGCCUCCCCGCGCCUCUCCCUCGAGCUCAGCCCCACCGCCGCCCGCGGCCUCUCCAUCCAGGACGUCCACCUCGGCCUCAUCCUCCUCCUCCACCACCCGCGCCCCCAGUCGCUCCUGCCCCGCAUCGUCGCCGUCGACCCGGCGUCGCGCCGCCGCGUGCUGCUCCCGCCGCCGCCGCGGGGCACGCUGCCCGACGACCGCUGGCGCGGCGACAGGAGCGUCAUCGGCGUCGCCGUGCUCUCGCGCGCGCACCCGAGCAGGCUCUCCUUCGACGCCGUCUGCGUCACCAUCGACGGCAGCCUCCCGCGCGCCUGGGUCGCGUCCGUCCGCGACGGCGACUGCGCCUGGCGCGCGCUGCCGCGGGCCGACAGAGUCGUGGUCGACUUCGACCCGUGGUGGUUCGAGACCCGCUGCGUGCACGCCGCUGGGAACAUCUACUGGCACAUCUGCAACUCCAGCCGCCUGCUCCAGCUGGAUCCUCGCACGCUGGAGUUCUCUUUCAUGCCGGUGCCUGCCGCCCUGGGGGACCGAAUCAAAAAGUACCGCAUCGGGGAGAUGCCGGAGGACGGCCGUCUGUGCAUGGCAGCGAUCGUGGACGAAGAAGAUCUGCAGAUCUGGGUGCGUGGUAAGGCCAGGUGGAGCGACCGGGGGUGGUUAUUGGAGAGGGAGAUGUCCAUGACCAAGGUGCUCGACACCGUGCCUGGGCUACCCAAGGAAUCGAUGGGGCGGAUGAUAUGCACCUGGCUCAGCGACAUCGACUACGCCCGCACCGGUAAGGUGUUCAUCAAGACGUGGGGAUAUGGGCGCUACUCAUUCCAUAUGGAGAGUGGCAAGCUGGAGCACCUGGUGAUGAAAGAUGGCAAGGAGUACGGGGAUCCCAUGUACGCCUACACCUUGGCCUGGCCACCUGAGUUCCUCGCUGCAAAAGACUGACUUUCCGGGUGGUGACUGAUGAAAGAAGAUAUCAGCAUGGCAGAUCAGCUCACCUCGUUGCAUUUCUGGGUCACUAGUGUUCCUUGUUAUGUUCGAGUUAACUCAUACACAGCUGUAGCUGAAUUUAUCUUGGCACCAUUUUUUUUUUUUUGGAUUAGAUGGCAUUCGGAAGAGCAUGCCACGCUAUGCAGAUUUCAGGCGAAACAUAUAUGCUUCCUCAUCAUAAGAAGUUUAUCCCAUUGGACUAUGAUGGCAUUUUGAAGACAUCCGUCAGGAUCGUCGGCUAUGCUUGUUAUAGCCAAACCGCGCUUUUGUUCGUUAUGAGUAAUAUUUAUCCCGUUUGACUCU